GAUGGAUACAGAGUGACGACGGCGUCGCAGCUUAUCAGUAGGUCAGUUUCACGCCAUCCCGCAGCGUAAACACACGGAGGGAAUCCUUCAGUCACAGCCGAGCGGAGGCGCACACCUUCGCAGAACCCCGCGUGUCGCACCGCCACCUUCUUCCUCUUCUUGUCUGUCUUGUCUGUGGGAGGAAGAAGGGCGAGGAUACUAUGGCUUGGUUUUCUUCACAGAUCUCAGGACUUCAGACGGAUGAGGAAGAUAACAGAAUCCUGAAGGUGAAGGUCAUUGCUGGAAUUGGACUGGCCAAAAAAGAUAUUCUUGGAGCCAGUGAUCCUUAUACCAGAAUGUCCCUCUAUGAUCCUAUCACUGGAGAAAUUGCAUGUCUUCAGACCAAAACCAUUAAAAAGACACUGGAUCCCAAAUGGAAUGAAGAAUUCUUUUUCAGAGUGGACCCCAAGAAACAUCGUCUGCUGUUCGAGGUGUUUGAUGAGAACCGGCUGACACGUGAUGACUUUCUCGGACAGGCGGAUAUCCCUUUAAAUCAAAUACCGACAGAAAAUCCUAACACAGAAAGGCCAUACACAUUCAAGGAUUUUCUGCUUCAUCCACGAAGUCACAAGUCCAGAGUUAAAGGUCAUCUGCGUCUCAAAAUGACUUACCUGCCAAAAAACUCAGGUUCAGAGGAGGAAGCGGCAGAUCAUUCUGAGGACAACGAUCCUGGUUGGGAGCUUCUGGAGUCUCAGGAUAUUUCAGGUCCCAGACAAAGCCAGAUCCUGCCUCCUCUGCCUCCUGGCUGGGAGGAGAGGCAAGAUAAUCUGGGAAGGAUCUACUAUGUCAAUCAUGAAACCAGAACCACACAAUGGCAGCGACCCACUAUGCAGGACAACAAUUUGGAAGCUCAUAGAAGACAGAACAGUAAUACAGAUGUGGGGCACCCUUUCAUUACACGCAGACAGAUCUCAGAACAUGAGAACACACAGGAGUCUCCAGAGAGCUGGGAGAUCAUUACAGAGGAUGAAUCCACCUUGUACCAUAGUAGUAACCAGCCUAGAUCACCUUCACCCCGCACCCCUGUGGGGUUCCAUUCGUCCUGCGAUGAGAUGAGGAACGUUAACAUCUCACCAGCUGCAGCUGACGAGCAGCGCUUUUCCCAGAUCGAUCAUGGCAGUAAUUCAAGGCAGAACAGUCACAGAGGAAGUGCCCACAGCUUAACUGGAGAGGAACAUCCUGUUAAUCCUGUGUUACUUCCAACCUCAACUGGGUUGCCUCCAGGCUGGGAGGAAAAGCGAGAUAGUAAAGGAAGACGCUACUAUGUCAACCACAACAACCAAACCACUACAUGGACGCGACCUGUCAUACAGAAAACCUCAGACGCAGCGGCAGCAUCAGCGGCAGCAUCAACGGCAGCAUCAUCAGCAGCAGCGGCGGCAUCAACGGCAUCAUCAGCGGCAGCGGCAGCAUCACCGUCAUCAGCAGCACCAUCAAUAUCAGGAGCAGCACAGAGUAGUGCAAGCUUAUUACAAAGCCACACAUCAUCCCAACUAUCUGCGCCAGCAGAGGGGUCUCCUCAGCACACUCCAAGCCCUGAGGCCACACGUGAAUCUGGCUUCCUGCCAACCGGUUGGGAGGUUCGCAGCGCACCCAAUGGAAGGCCCUUUUUCAUUGACCACAACACCAAGACGACUACUUGGGAAGAUCCCAGGCUAAGGAUUCCUGUACAAAUGAGGAGGAGACCCUCACUGGAUCCCUCUGAUCUUGGCCCUCUGCCGCCUGGCUGGGAGGAGAGGGUCCACAGCGACGGCAGGGUAUUCUACAUAGAUCACAACACCAAGACCACGCAAUGGGAAGAUCCCAGAUUACAGAACUCAGCUAUAACUGGACCAGCGGUGCCUUAUUCUAGAGAUUACAAACAGAAGUAUGACUACUUCAGAAAGAAGCUGAAGAAACCGGCUGACAUCCCAAACCGCUUUGAGAUGAAAUUGAAAAGAAAUGCGGUGCUGGAGGACUCGUACAGACGCAUCCUCUCGGUUAAGCGGGCAGACCUGCUGAAGGCACGACUGUGGGUGGAGUUCGAGGGAGAAAAAGGGCUGGACUACGGCGGCGUGGCCAGGGAGUGGUUCUUCCUCAUGUCCAAAGAGAUGUUCAACCCCUACUACGGGCUGUUUGAGUAUUCUGCCACCGACAACUACACACUGCAGAUUAACCCCAACUCAGGUUUAUGUAAUGAGGACCACCUGACCUACUUCAAGUUCAUCGGGCGUGUGGCAGGCAUGGCGGUGUUUCACGGCAAACUCCUUGAUGCUUUCUUCAUUCGGCCCUUCUACAAGAUGAUGUUGCAGAAGCCAAUCACCCUCCAGGACAUGGAGUCUGUUGACAGUGAGUAUUUCAACUCCCUGAUGUGGAUUUUGGAGAACGACCCAGAAGACUUGGACAUGAGAUUCACCAUUGACGAAGAGCUGUUUGGACAGACUCACCAACAUGACCUCAAACCUGGUGGCUCAGAGAUUGUCGUCACCAAUGAAACCAAGGAUGAAUACAUCCACCUGGUGAUUCAGUGGAGGUUUGUGAACAGAAUACAGAAGCAGAUGACUGCCUUCAAGGAGGGAUUCUUUGAGUUGAUACCACAAGAUUUGAUCAAGAUCUUUGAUGAGAAUGAGCUCGAGUUGCUCAUGUGUGGUCUUGGGGAUGUGGAUGUGAAUGACUGGAGCGCAAACACAAAGUACAAGAACAGCUACUGCUCCAACCACAUGGUUAUCCAGUGGUUUUGGAAAGCGGUGCUGCUGAUGGAUGCAGAAAAGCGAAUCCGACUCUUACAGUUUGUGACGGGAACAUCCAGGGUCCCGAUGAAUGGCUUUGCUGAACUCUAUGGGUCUAAUGGACCACAGCUCUUCACCAUCGAGCUUUGGGGAACACGUGAUAAACUUCCCAGGGCACACACAUGCUUUAAUCGGCUGGACCUUCCUCCGUACGAGUCCUUUGAGGAACUGAGGGAGAAACUCAACAUUGCUAUUGAGAAUGCACAAGGCUUCGACGGGGUGGAUUAGUAUUAUAUGUGGCAAAUGAGCUGAACUGACAUUACUGCCAUCGGAGUAAAGCCAAGCAGAGUUAUAUGGUGACAUGGGAAAAAAAAAAAAAAAAAAAAGACAAGCUGUGCAUCAGACUCAGGUCUUAACCUGCCACUUGUGAAAGUGAAGAACAGCCACAUCACUCUCACAUUAGUCCUCUGUUGGGGCACACAUGAAGAAAGGAUAUGAAAUCUGGAGCGACAGAGGUGGUUUUAUGUUGCGCUGCGUGCUGUAAAGUUUACAAAUCAGGUUCUCUUAGUAUUUAAUUCUCUGAUGUAAGUUGCUCAAAGGUGUAUUCACUCUUAUUUGUUCUGUUAAAAUGUUCAAAUAUUUAAAUAACUUGAUUCUGUGAAAUGAUAACAGUAUGUGAAUGCGAAUGAAAGCUGUACAGGAUAUGAUAAAAACCUGCCUUUAAAAUUAGGUUUGAUGUUUAGUUUGAAUCACUUCGUUCAGCUUCCCACGUCAGGGGCCAGAUGCAUAAAGGCAGAGAUGUGCACACGCUCUUUCAAUUAGAGCUAUAAAAUUGUGUGUACACAAGGCCCUCUUUUUAUUAAUAUCAAUGAAUGUGAAAAUGUAAGUUGAUGCACAAGCAUUUCCAUUCACAUUCUUAGCCAUGAAUGGAUGUAGAAACUUUUUUUUUUUUUUUUCUUUCUUCAUUUGGAUAUGAAUCCACUGUUUGCACCUCAGGUUAUCAGAUAUGGCCAAAAAAAAAGGGCAGUGAUAGCAAAUGUGAAACUGAGACAGUCAUCAGAGAAAGCAGGGAAAAGGAAAUGUUUUACAUGAAGGUCCUGGUUGUGGAAUUACAAGCUGAAGAAUAUCUGCAUGAGGGGAAACGUAAAGGUGGAGAAGUUCAGAGGAAAGGAUCCUGGCACAGCACUGCAAACGGAAGCAAGAAAGCUCAUCUGUUCAUGCAUUAUGCACAGUUAAAAUAAUGUUGGUAUGUUAAAAUUGGCUGUUUUGUUAUUUGCAUCCUUUUUUUUUUUCUAUUUCCACUUCCUUAAGCCUGAUUUUUUUCUUUAAAAAAAA